ACUUUUGGCACACGCAUUAUGGAGUUCCUGGAGGAGAAGUUCCCGCUGAAGAGCUCCGGACUGAAGACCGGGACAGACUUCUACCUGGAGCCCGUGCUGCACAGCCUCGAGAGUGGACACUUUUUCACCAAGGCUCCGGUGAAAUGUUCCCAGAGCUUCGGGCUGAGCGAGAGGGACGAGCCGUGCGCAGAACAUAACGCGUCGUACGCACUGGCCAAACCCGAGGCGGACUCGGUGCACGCGGAGUUGGGCGCGUGCUCCCCGGUGUCCAGCGACCAUCACCGGACGCGCGCGGACACAGAGCACGCGGACACGGAGAAGUGCGACAGUCACGUGACCAGCAGCAAAAAGCGACGCCACCGCACCACGUUCAGUAGCGCGCAGCUGGACGAGCUCGAGAAGGUUUUUCAGAAGACGCACUACCCCGACGUGUACGUGCGCGAGCAGCUGGCCACGCGCACCGAGCUCACGGAGGCACGAGUACAGGUUUGGUUUCAGAACCGCAGGGCGAAAUGGAGGAAGAGAGAGAGAUUUGGACAACUGCACAAUAAACCACACUAUCCUCCCUCAUAUGACCUGCUGCCCCGAGCCGACGCCUACGCCCAGAUCCCUAACAGCCUGUGGUCGUCCCCCUCUGUGGCACCCCCCUCUGUCUCCCCCUGUGUACUGCCACGCGCGUCUCCUCCCUGCGUCUCCUCCUCGGAUCACGGAUACCUCCACUUCACCCAGCAAAACCAGUUCAACGUCUUCAACCCGGACGCCCUGCUCAGCUCCACCCCUCACCCUCCCCAUGGCACCCAUAACCCCACCCACGUCACCCACAGCACUCACGGCACCCACGGCACUCACGGCACCCACGGCACUCACGCGUUUGAGACCAAGCCUGAGCUGGAGAGGAGGUCUUCGAGUAUCGCUGUUCUGAGGAUGAAAGCCAAAGAGCACGCGGCAAACAUCUCCUGGACCAUGUGACCAGGAAGUAAAAACAGAAAUAAUUAUAACAAGAUUUACAAAAGAGAUUC